UGAGUGUGUACAACGCAUUCGUGUCAUUGUAGCCAUCGCGCAGUACUUGACAAUAGUGCCAGUUGAUUGUGAGCUUUCUACUUGCGUUGCGAUUGAGCGCACAGCGCCUCCACUCGCGAGUCGUUAUUCCACCACCGCGAACGAGCGCUUAAUGGCAGGCGUUGAGUUCCUGAUUAGGAAGGCAGUUGAGGGACACCGCACGUAGAAUCUCUCGUAAGGCCGGUUCUCGCGAAUCCGUUCAAUUUUUGUCUGCUGAUCCACAUGGCGUUCCCAACAGCAUUUCGAAUAGCACGAGUGUCCAAUGCUUGCCACAUCCUGGAAUCGUGUCAUGCCGGGCCCUCUCAAUCAGCAUACGCUGCUUUCCACAGUACGGCCCGUAGGUUCGCCAAAGAGACAGAGGUGAAAACAGAAGGACGGUUGCGCAAUGAGAACAUUCCAUACCAGAUCGUUCGGCUCGUGAAUCCUGAGACCUCUCGUUUGGACGAACCGGUCAGACUCUCUGAGAUCCUGAAGACAAUCGAUCGCAGAAGAGAGUGGGUUGAACUCGUCUCCGACACUCCCGAAAACCCCGUCGUCAAGAUCAUCAAAGGCAGCGCUGUGUACAGCAAAAUGCUCGAGCGGAAGGAGAAGAGUAGGGAGAACAGGCCUAGGGAGGAGAAGGAAUUCCAGAUGACAUGGGGCAUUGCAUCUGCCGAUCUUGGGCAUAAGCUGAAGAAGGUUCGGGAGCAUCUGGAGAAGGGCGGGAGGGCGAACGUGGUGUACACGUCGAAGAAGGGCCAGGCUCAGCCCACGCCGCAGGAGAUGGAAGCACGCUUGAACGAGACGGUUACUUUAUUAGAGGGUGUGGGUAAAGAGUGGAAAACCAGGGACACGACGAGAACUACUGCUGUCAUGUAUCUUCAAGGCGAUAACGCUCCGCCACCACUCCCCAAACGCUCCGAGAAAAAAACACAACAUAACUUGCUUAGACAGCAGGAAUGAUGAUAGUUGUCUGCAGACCCACGCGAUACAAUUAGG